AUGUCGACUGUGGUGGAUCAGCUCGUUGACAUGGGGUUUGAAAGAGCGCGUGCAGAGUAUGCCUUCGCUAAAACCGGCAAAGGGGCACUGGAGGCUGCAAUGGACUGGUUGAUUAGUCAUGAAGGGGAGGAGAUUCCUGCACAUUUAGAAGAUUCCAUUCUUAUGGAGGAGGGAAAAGCAGCUGAAAGUUCAUCAGAAUUAACCGAGUCAACGCCCGGCAGCUACAAAUGCAAUGAUUGCAACAAGUUAUUCCGUGAUGAAAAUGCGAUGAUGUUCCAUGCUGCUAAGUCCGGACAUGAGAACUUUUCGGAAAGCAGUGAGACGAUAGCGCCGCUAACUCCCGAAGAACGUGCAAAGAAGGCUGCUGAACUUCGCGAUAGAAUCAGGGCUGCGCGUGCGCAGAAAGAGGAGCAGGAGAGGAAGGAGCAGAUAGAGAAAGAGCGACGACGUCGUGAAGAAGGAAAGAAAAUGCAAGAGAUGAGAGAGAAGCAGAGAGACGACGAAUUGAGAGCUAUUGCUGAAGAACGUCGUCGUGCAAAGCAAGAAGAAGCGGAGGCUCGUCAGAGAGUUCUGGACCAGAUCAAGGCGGACAGGGAAGCUCGAAAAGCAGGUAAAGUUGGCGUCCUCCCUGCUUCACCACCCCAACCAACGGCUCCUCCCGUAUCUGCAACUCCCACCGCGAAAGAUUACAACCAAACAACCAUCCAGGUUAGGCUUUUGAAUGGACAAGCUGUUAGGCAAACUUUUGGAGCAUUGGAGCCAUUGUCUGCCGUGAGGCUCUGGUUGGAGCUCAACCACUCUGAUGGAAGUCCAUUUACGCUUCUUCAGCCUUUUCCUCGAAAAUUAAUGACGGACGAAGACUACGAGAAACCACUGAAAGAACUUGGACUAGUGCCUUCCGCCAACUUCGUCAUGACUCGUUAG